AUGGCAAAGGAGGAAGAGCCAGUUCACACUGUUGAGUGGAGAUGUCACAAGUGUCGCGACAUCUGGUGGGAGUGGAAAAAGUCAGCCCCAACCGAACAAAAAGGAAUCAUCACAUUCAACCAUCACGAAUCUUUUGCCGCUCUCGAAGAGUCAGCUGCUGCAGGCUGUUCCCUCUGCGCCAGCUUCCGAGCAUCAACUAUCUACCACGACGCAUACCCAAAAGAUCGAAACUCAGGCCCAAUCGUGCUUGAGGUGUUGAAGUCGAGUCUGAGCCCGCACAUCACUUUCAAGAUUGGCAAAUCUGAACAUUAUGAAAGCUUUGAAUUUGCAAAGCUUCAAAAUGGGGUUCCUGGUGGGAUCAAAGGGAGCAGAUUGCCUGCAAAACGGCUUGCUCCAGACUCUCUCGAUCAUGAUCUCAAUCACCUGGUUAAAAGGCUCAUCAAACCAUGGAUCCAUGACUGCACAACCGGAAAGGGCCUUCACAAGGAUUGCGAUCGCCGAAAAAGAGAACAGGGCGACACACAAUCAAUUCCAACGCGGCUGAUCGAUGUGGGCCAUGAUCAGUCCAGUACUGUCCGACUGGUUGUCCCUUCAGAAGACUUCCCGACCAAGAAGCCGAAUUAUUUCGCUCUCAGUUACUGCUGGGGUUUUGGGAACGACCCUGCCAAGACGACGCGCGACAACAUCAAGGACCGGCGACAGGCCAUCGAUAUAACUCAACUCCCAAAGACAAUUCAAGAUGCAAUCAAGUUAAGCCAACUUGUGGGUAUCCGCUACCUAUGGAUCGAUGCCCUCUGCAUCAUUCAAUCUCAUGAGAAGGAUAAGUACUUUGAAGACUGGAAGGCCGAGGCCCCAAAGAUGGGCUCAUAUUACUCCAACGCCCAUUGCCUCAUCGCAGCAUCCGGAGCGUCAGACAGUAGCGAAGGGCUCUUUGUGGAGCGUGUCGGCCAGCGGUAUCCAACAAAGACCUGUGUGAUCUCCUUCGAUCCGGAAUGCAGCGAGUACAUGUACUUCCCAUGUCCACUCCCCAACAUCCUGGACUGGCUCCCACGAGAGCCUCUAAUGACAAGAGGCUGGUGCCUUCAGGAAACGACACUAUCCAUCAGGACUCUUCACUGGUCUAGUGUCGGUUUAUUCUGGGAGUGUCCGGGUGUAUCUUCCGCAUCUGAAUUCCAACCCGAGGGCUGGAAGGUGUGGAAGACCGGUCCAGAAGACAUGUACCGCAUCUUUGACGUAAAGGCCGACAAAGCGCUAGGACAGGCGUGGACCCAACUUGCUGGAAACUACCUCAACCGAGGCUUCACUUUUAAGACGGAUCGCUUGAUCGCUAUCCAGGGUCUUGGGCGACGUCUCGCCGAAAUGCACAACACGGAAUACUUUGCAGGCGUGUUUAGCUCCAAUCUCUCUGAUGGACUACUAUGGGCUGCAUAUGACGCCAAGGUCGAAAAUCGCGAGAAGCUCGAGUACUUCCCGACGUGGUCUUGGGCCUCCUGUGGCUCCAGGGCGUAUUUCACCGGGCCCUUAGCCUACAAGUAUGCCAAACCAGCCAAGUCUAACAUCUUUCCAGCUGUACGAGAUGAAAUGGACUUUAGCGACAGCUCAAAGAGGACGCUACGUUUAGAAGCGCCACUGAUGACUAUCGACUUUGGCAACGAAAAGAAUCGGGAUGAGCUCAAGGUCACCCUUGCACAGGGGCAGUAUGGGGUGGAUCUACGAUUUGACACACUGGACCUUACGCCUUCGCCUCUCGAUAAGAUCCUUAUUCUUGUUCUGGGAUGUCCUGAGAGUCGUGAUCUUCCGUACAAGGGCCUUAUUCUUCGGCCCAAGGGAAACAUGUAUGAGCGGAUCGGACUGGGUGCUUUGACUGUUUGGGGGAAUGCUGAACCACUGGAUGGGUCUUUUAGCUCUUGGAGAAAGGAAGUCACUUUAGUCUAGAUGAGAGUGGCAUCAUGUGAGCCGAAUUAUGGGAAAUUCGAAAGUUUCAGUAAUCU